CAUUUCCCAAUUCUGCCGUUGUUCCUUCGCAUUCAAGAUGCAGAAGUCUCAGGAUCAACGGCUAAGAUCUGCUAAGCCGGCCACCAUCCAUGCCUACGCUCAUUCCGGGGACCUUGCUGCCUUCCAGAGGCUACUUCGAGACAACCCGUCUCUCCUCAACGAGAGAAACCCUGUUAUGGCUCAGACUCCACUUCAUGUUUCUGCUGGCCACAAUAGGACUGAUGUAGUUAAAUUUCUUCUCAAUUGGCAAGGACCUGAUAAAGUUGAGUUGGAGGCCAAGAAUAUGUAUGGAGAGACACCAUUGCACAUGGCAGCAAAGAAUGGAUGCAAUGAAGCGACGAAGUUACUUCUCGCUCAUGGUGCUUUUAUUGAAGCUAAAGCAAAUAACGGUAUGACGCCUCUACAUCUUGCCGUCUGGUACUCUCUACGGGCUGAAGAGUGCUUAACUGUGAAAACCUUGCUUGAGUACAAUGCUGAUUGCAGUGCAAGGACAAUCUAUGAAUUGCAGGAGGGGAUGACUCCUUUAAAUCACCUUUCUCAAGGCCCUGAAAGUAAGAAACUUAGGGGACUUUUACAGCAGCAUCUUGAAGAACAGAGAAGGAGACGGGCUAUUGAAGCAUGCGGUGAAUCCAAAGUUAAAAUGGAUGAGCUUGAAAAUGAAAUUGCAAAUGUUGUGGGGCUACAUGAUUUAAAAGUACAAUUGAGAAAGUGGGCAAAGGGGAUGCUUUUGGAUGAGAGACGUAGAGCGCUUGGUCUGCAAGUUGGCCCCAGAAGACCCCCACAUAUGGCCUUCCUUGGAAAUCCUGGAACAGGUAAAACAAUGGUAGCUCGGAUCCUUGGUAAAUUACUCCAUAUGGUCGGAAUUCUACCAACUGAUAAAGUGACUGAGGUACAACGAACUGAUUUGGUUGGAGAGUUUGUUGGUCAUACCGGUCCAAAGACCAGGAGGAAGAUAAAAGAAGCAGAAGGGGGAAUCCUAUUUGUGGAUGAAGCCUAUAGAUUGAUACCAAUGCAGAAGGCAGAUGAUAAGGACUAUGGAUUGGAAGCCUUAGAGGAGAUUAUGUCUGUCAUGGACUCUGGAAAAAUCGUGGUUAUCUUUGCAGGAUACAGUGAACCAAUGAAGCGAGUGAUCGCUUCAAAUGAAGGUUUCUGCAGGCGGGUGACCAAGUUCUCAUUUAACGACUUCAAUUCGGCCGAACUAGCGGAAAUCCUCCACAUCAAGAUGAGAAAUCAAGCAGCAGAAAGCUUGCUGUAUGGAUUCAAGCUGCAUAACUCUUGCAGUGUAGAAGCUGUAUCAGCAUUGAUAGAAAGGGAAACAACAGAAAAGCAACGCGAGGAAAUGAAUGGGGGUUUGGUGGACACUAUGUUGGUUAAUGCUAGGGAAAAUUUGGAUCUCAGGCUUAGCUUUGAUUGUAUAGAUACAGAAGAACUUCUUACCAUCACACUGGUAGAUUUAGAAGCUGGACUUUGCAUAUUAUCACAGUAAGCGACAUAUUCUGAAAUCUGAUA